UCCAGGAUGUUGUUGGUAAGAAGUCAUCUCCGUCAAGCGCAGGCGGUGUGCGGUCGUCUUCGUGUUUCGAUAUUAGCGGCUUUAAUAAUGGGUCGAAAAUUGAAUUUUAUUUCUGUACACGCGCUUUUUGUGUAAUGCAGAGAGUUAGACGUGUCGGGAGCAGCAUUUGUUUUGAUGCCGUGUCGAUGAGGAGGAGCUAGCUUACUACGUACAAAGCUGAGGACACAAGAUGAUUCGCUGGAUCCGACAGCAGCUGGGCUUUGACCCUCCCCAUCAAAGUGACACAAGGACAGUGUAUAUAGCAAACAAGUUCCCACAUCAUGGCCAUUAUAUUCCUCAGAGAUUUGCAGAUAACAGGAUCAUUUCAUCCAAGUACACCAUAUGGAACUUCGUCCCUAAGAAUUUGUUUGAGCAGUUCAGAAGAAUAGCCAAUUUUUAUUUUCUCAUUAUCUUCUUAGUUCAGUUAAUGAUAGACACUCCCACUUCCCCUAUAACUAGUGGACUUCCUCUAUUUUUUGUCAUCACUGUAACUGCCAUCAAACAGGGAUAUGAAGAUUGGCUGCGACACAAUGCUGACAAUGAAGUUAAUGGAGCCCCAGUAUUUGUUGUGCGCAGCGGCAGUCUAGUCCAGACCCGAUCCAAGAAUAUAAGAGUAGGUGAUAUUGUGAGAGUAGCCAAAGAUGAGACGUUUCCUGCAGACCUGGUGCUCUUAUCAUCAGAGCGUGCAGAGGGGACUUGCCAUAUUACCACUGCCAGCCUUGAUGGAGAGACUAACCUGAAGACGCACUUUGCAGUGCCAGAAACAGCUGUGUUGCAGACGGUGUCCCGGCUGGAGUCUCUGCAGGCAGUAGUAGAGUGCCAGCAGCCGGAAGCUGACUUGUACAGGUUUGUUGGAAGAAUAACAGUUACUCAACAAGGAGAGGAGAUAGUCAGACCUUUAGGACCCGAGAACCUCCUGCUUCGAGGAGCAAGAUUAAAAAACACCAAAGAAAUUUUUGGUGUGGCGGUGUAUACUGGCAUGGAGGCCAAGAUGGCUCUGAACUACAAGUGCAAGUCCCAGAAGCGCUCAGCAGUAGAGAAGUCCAUGAAUACAUUUCUUCUCAUCUACCUGUGUAUAUUGCUAUUUGAAGCCAUCCUUAGCACUAUACUGAAGUAUGCCUGGCAGGCAGAAAAUAAGUGGAAUGAACCCUUUUACAAUCAGAAGACUGAUCAGGAGAAAAACAGCAGCCAGAUUCUGAAGUUCAUUUCUGAUUUCCUGGCCUUCCUUGUGUUGUACAACUUCAUUAUCCCCAUUUCUCUAUAUGUUACGGUUGAACUCCAAAAGUUUCUGGGCUCAUUUUUUAUUGGCUGGGAUUUGGAUCUUUACCAUGAAGAGAGUGACCAGAAAGCUCAAGUCAACACUUCAGACCUUAACGAGGAGCUAGGACAGGUGGAGUAUGUUUUUACUGACAAAACGGGAACUCUUACCGAAAACGAGAUGCAGUUCAGGGAAUGUUCCAUUAAUGGCAUAAAAUACCAGGAGAUCAAUGGAAAGCUUGUUCCUGAAGGAAUGACAGAAGUCUCUCCAGACGGAUCUGUGUCUUGUCUGAACAGAGAGGAGGAGUUGUUCCUUAAAGCUGUCUCGCUGUGUCAUACGGUACAGAUCAGUUAUGAUCAGGCAGAUGGACUGGGAGACCCAUUCUGUCAUUCAAAUGGCUUCUCACCUCAGAUGGAGUAUUAUGCCUCCUCUCCGGAUGAGAAGGCCCUAGUAGAAGCCACCAAGAGGAUGGGUGUCACAUUCACAGGAAGCAGUGGAGAAAACAUGGAGAUUAAAACAUUUGGAAAAGCAGAGAAAUACAAACUUCUUCAUGUUCUUGAGUUUGAUGCAAAUCGCAGAAGAAUGAGCGUGAUCCUGCAAACGCCCUCAGGUGAAAAGGUGCUGUUCACAAAAGGAGCUGAAUCAGCAAUCCUACCAUACAGCACGAGUGGAGAGAUUGAAAAAACCAGAGUCCAUGUGGAUGAGUUUGCUCUGAAGGGCCUGCGGACACUGGUGGUGGCCUGCAGACACUUCAGUGUGGAUGAGUACAAUGAAGUGGACCGGAAGCUUUAUGAAGCCAGAACAGCUCUACAACAGAGAGAAGAACGGCUUGCUGAGGUCUUUAACUUUAUCGAGAAGGACUUGGAGUUGCUGGGGGCCACCGGUGUGGAGGACAAGCUACAGGAUAAGGUUCAGGAGACGAUUGAAGCCCUGCGGUUAGCUGGAAUUAAGGUGUGGGUUUUGACAGGUGAUAAACAUGAGACUGCAGUUAGUGUAAGUCUCUCAUGUGGUCACUUUCACCGCACUAUGAACAUCCUGGAGCUUGUGCAGCAGAAAUCAGACAACGAGUGUGCCGAACAGCUCCGUAGACUGGCCAGGAGGAUCAAAGAAGAUCAUGUGAUUCAGCAUGGACUGGUCGUGGAUGGGGCCAGUUUGUCUCUGGCUCUGCGAGAACAUGAGAAACUCUUCAUGGAGGUGUGUAAGAACUGCUCGGCUGUGCUUUGCUGCAGAAUGGCACCUCUCCAGAAAGCCAAGGUGGUAAGACUGCUGAAGACUUCUCCAGAAAAGCCUAUUACGUUAGCCAUCGGGGAUGGAGCCAAUGAUGUCAGUAUGAUCCAAGAAGCUCAUGUUGGAAUUGGUAUCAUGGGGAAAGAGGGAAGACAAGCUGUAAGAAACAGUGACUAUGCAAUCGCGAGGUUCAGAUUCCUUGCCAAAUUGCUGCUUGUGCAUGGUCAUUUCUACUACAUUAGAAUAGCAACCCUUGUGCAAUACUUUUUCUACAAGAAUGUGUGCUUUAUCACUCCCCAGUUUUUAUACCAGUUCUUCUGUCUGUUUUCACAACAAACCCUCUAUGACAGCGUGUAUCUGACGCUGUAUAAUAUCUGCUUCACCUCUCUGCCCAUACUGGUAUAUAGUCUGUUUGAGCAACUGGUGCAUCCACAUGUUUUGCAGACCAAACCAGCACUUUACAGAGACAUCAGUAAAAACUCAAUGCUCUCCUUCAAAACCUUUUUGUAUUGGACUAUACUGGGGUUCUGCCAUGCCUUCAUCUUCUUCUUUGGGUCUUACAUCCUGAUGGGAGAGGACACCACGCUUCUUGGGAAUGGACAGAUUUUGCGAGCUAACAAGCAACUGAUGUUUGGAAACUGGACUUUUGGUACUUUAGUAUUCACUGUGAUGGUUAUAACUGUGACACUGAAGCUGGCUUUAGAGACGCAUUUCUGGACGUGGAUGAAUCACUUUGUCACAUGGGGUUCCAUCGCCUUCUACUUCAUCUUCUCCUUGUUUUAUGGUGGCAUCAUCUGGCCAUUUCUUCACACACAGGACAUGUACUUUGUCUUCGUCCAGCUACUGUCCAGCGGUUCAGCAUGGUUUGCUAUAAUCAUCAUCAUCAUUACCUGUCUGUUUCCUGAUGUCAUCAAGAAAAUCUUUUACAGGCACCUGCAUCCAACCAGCACACAGAAAUCUCAGAUGUACACCAACCGUGUGGCUAUAGGUGAUGACUUCAUCGCACUGCAGCCUCUGUCCAGAGCCAAGACUCAACUGGGCAAGAUUAGCUUAUUGAGGCCCACCAGGGCAUCGGAUGUAUGGACUCCAUGUGCUGUUUCUCAGAGGGGCAAAACGCCUGCUCACGGCUGGGUCGGAUGGUGGAGCGAAUGAUGGGCCACUGUGACCCCUCCCGGGCCACCAGAUCAUGGAGUGACUCAGAGACCUUCUCCAAUGACCGAAGCGUCUUGACACUCUCCCCCAUGGAGGUAUCCCAUUGUUAAGAAAAGGCCACACACCAGCCCCAUAAAAGGAACCGUUCAUGAAGUUUGGACACCUACCCAUUCCCCUUGCCCUAGUACAGUCACCAGCCAGUCAUACACCGAAAACAGCUUUAUACUUCAAAGGCUCUGGUUUUCAGAGCACAUUGCGUCAAACGUGACAAGCAACACAAGAUAUUCAGUGGUUCUUUAAAGAAACCAAAGGAUUUGAAUGAUUCGUGUUCCGCUAUUGCAGUAGUUAACCAUGGAAUUGUAUGCAAAGGGCCAUAAUCUUUCCUGAGGAAAAUGAGGGGUCUUGUUUGAAAGCCAUAAUUCCCCCUUAAAUGCCUGAUUUUCAAGGUAUUAAAUGUAAGUUUAGUGUAGCAUUAGAGCUCAAAUCUGUAACCUCCUAACCUGAAAUGCCUACCUGUACACCCAAACAGUCUUGGAUUGUGCAGAUUAUCAUAAUGCAGGAAUGCUGCAGAGUUCCUAAAGGCUGACAUAUCAUUUUCAUACUUUAAACCUCAUUAACCAUGUGCCUGCAUAAUAUUUCAUGUUUCUUCUCUCUUGCAAAUGUUUGCUAUGUUUUCAUGUCUAGCCAUUGUCCCAAUUUAAUUUAUCAUUGUUAGCGUGUUCCUUGUUUUUCUGCUCGCUGUAUGUUGCCGCUUGACAGAGCUGUUUUAUUUUGUUUGUGUGUGUAUUUAAUUUGCAUAAAAGGACAUAGUCUAAAUAAAUUAAAUAAUUUUCCCACAUGGGCAGUGGUUUACUGUUACAUGAAUGCCUAAGCUUUGAGACAACCGUUUUAAACUUGCUUAUCAACUAUACUGAAGUUUUUGAUAUUAGACUGCAUGUAGCGCUUUGGUCAGUCCAUCAGAAUUACCUUGGAUUGGCAUUAGAUAACUUGACAUAAAUACUCCCAGCUUGGUGAGUGUUAAAACUAGGCUUUAAGUUUGUUUUUGCAUAGUACAGUUCAAAUUGAUCCAGCCUGGAUCCUUUAAAUAUGGUGCCGUGACCCUUAUGGCUGUUGAAUGGUCACUAAACUAAAUGUUUGGAUUAGUUUCAGUCAAAUUUGUUGGAGUUGUGAAGUACACAGAUUUGUUACCUCUGUUUUUUGUUUGUGUAUCACUUUUCAUGUCAGUAAACAAACUUCUGAACACCAGUCAUAACUAUUUCAACUUAUUUGAAAUGAAGAAAGAAGUGUUUUGCUGUAUUGUAAUUGAUUAUAUAGCAAUCCAGUAUGCCAUUUGUUACUCA